AUGACUACCUUUGGGACAACGAUACCUUCGUCCAAUUUCCGAAUGCAAGGAACAUCCAAUAAUUUCCUAUUAAGUAAUAAUAACAACAAUAAUAAUUCCACAACCAAUCCCUUAAUACAAAACCCGUUUAGGUCAAAUUUGUCUACGGUUACGACUAUUGGUAACUCUCCACAACUGACAACCAAUUUGACUUCAGCUGCGGACAACACAAUGUUAAAGCAUAGAAAUUUCAUAAUGAAUCAAGACAACCCAAAAGAGAGCCUCCUUCUUCCAAAUCCUCAAUCGUUUGGAUUUAAGCAAUUGAAACAUACUCCCAGGGAAAUGCCCAGAUUUUUAAUUAGUCAACAACCGCAACUGGAACAAAAGCCCUACAAGCAAGAUCCAUGGGAUAAAGCUAAUCAGGCCAAGAUGUCUAAUUUGGAAAAUUCAAUUGAUGAUCUCACAGAAUUAUAUGAAACUCUCAAAAAGAUGCGUGAUUCUGAAAGAAAAAUUAUGGAGAAGAAAGGUUUAGUAGAUAAAGCUGAUUUUGCUAAGGAUUUAAACGAUGCAAUUGUUUUCCAAGGAACCUGUGAAGAUAUGUGCCCUAUUUUUGAAAGAGCAAGAAGGAAUGUCGAACACACAGUCUUCUCUUACGAGAAGGAUUCUCCAAGUUCAAAAAAGGCAUCCGCAACAAGAGCGUUAAAAGUGUUUGCAAGACCUGCUGCAGCUGCUGCACCACCACUACCCUCGGAUGUUAGACCACCUCAUAUAUUAGUAAAAUCAUUGGAUUACAUUAUCGAUAACCUUUUAACCACACUUCCAGAAAGUGAAGGUUUUAUAUGGGAUAGAAUGAGAUCAAUACGACAAGAUUUCACGUACCAAAAUUAUUGCGGUCCUGAAGCCAUCGAUUGUAAUGAGCGAAUUGUAAGGAUUCAUUUGUUAAUUUUACAUGUCAUGGCCAAAUCUACAGUCAAAUUUUCAUUACAACAAGAAUUAGAACAAUUACACAAGUCACUAAUUACUCUAUCGGAAAUUUAUGACGACGUACGAGCAAAUGGAGGUACCUGUCCCAAUGAAGCGGAAUUUAGAGCAUAUUCCUUGUUAAGCAAAAUUAGAGAUCCGCAAUAUGAUAAGACUAUACAGGACUUACCGACAUAUAUAGUUCAAGAUGAACUCGUUCAACUAGCCAUUUGUUUUAGACGAAUACUUUCUAACUCAAAUUAUUUGGAGAGAGGUUAUAUUAAAACGGAGAAUGGUAUAAAUCUUUACACUCGAUUUUUUACUUUAAUGAGAUCAGAAAGGGUACCAUUUUUGAUGAAUUCAUUUUUACAAAUGUAUUUAGGUGAAGUACGAUUUUAUGCCAUGAAAGCUCUGAGCUUAACAUUGAACAAACGACACAAACCUAUACCAUUAGAUUAUUUACAAAACAUCUUAAUGUUUAACGAUAAAGAAGAAUUGUUAGAAUUUUGUUCAUAUUACUCAAUUACGGUGGUAGAAUCUGGACUCGAAUUGAGAUCACUUACUCAUCAUUCGCAUAAAUUACGAGAAAAGAAGCCCUUGAAGCAAAGCUAUUUGAAAUGUGUUGAUGAAAAAUUAAGGAGAAAAUCUUAUAAGCAGCUCAUAAACUCUGGAAAACCUAACAUUAGUAGCAUUCCCAAACCUAGUACUCAAGUCAUGUUUCCCAUGGCAAAUAAAGCAGAAGAAAAAGGGGAGAAACAGUUUCAAAAACAGCUUCCAGUGGUGGAGAAGACAUCAUAUAAUGAACCAACAGCAACAAUGACUACACUACAUAAUUCAAUGUUGGCUUUUUCAAACGAGAAGCAGAAGGACAGUCAAGAGUUACAGCCUGAGGAACAAAUACACCUAUCUCCCCCUGAUAACACGAAUAAUGAGUUAAAAGCACCUAUAGAUGCAAAUAAGACGGUGACUAAGCUGAAUCCCGCAUAUAAUGAAGCUGCUGUGGCUGCAAAAGAGAAGCAAGAACGAGAACUACUGAAAAAACAACAGGAUGAAGAAAAUCGGAAGUUUGAAGUUGAAAGAUUAAAAGAACGAAAGAAAAAAAUUGAAGAUGAGGCUUCUAAACAAAUACUGGGCACUUUACUAAAAGAUGUUGUUCAUCGAUUAGCUGUUGACACUGUUAAAUCAGCAAUGAAUGAGGCAAACGAAAAAAAAGUACUUGUCGAAGAUAUUUCGGAGGAAUUGUAUCAAGCAUUCAUUCAUGAAAAAUUGUAUUUAAUUUAUCUUGAAACAAAAGCUGAAGCAUGUGAUAUGCGUGGAAAGAAACUUAGAAUUUUUCAUAUCUGGAAAAAAAAAUAUGAAGCCAAGGUAAAGGAAAAGGAGCUAUUGAAGAAAAGAAAAUUCGAACUGACUAAAAUAAGCAAACAACUUGGUGUACCUUCUUUCAAAAAAUCAAGAAUACAUUUAGGAACUCCGACAAAUGGGAACAACUCUUCUUUCUUACAACUAUCUGAUAGAAAGAAUAAUUUUACAUUUUCUCCUAUACCAAAUGAAACUAAUAAAUUUCCUUGCGGGGAGAAGAAAAUUGGCGAUUUGUGGGAAAAAGUUGAUAUUGAGUCAAUAUAUCUGAAGGUAGUUAACGACUUGAAGAAAUAUGAAGAAAAUAUACAAUUGAAUAUUCUCCUUUACUCUAAGAGCUGGAUUUUCCUUCCAAAUAAGUGGAUCCUAAAGAAAUUUGGAUUAAUAACCCCUACAAGUCAUAUUAAUAUCAAAAAGGAAAAUGUAUCAAUCAACAUUAGUUGUUUCAACGAAGGAGACAAUAUAUCACAAGCUUCAAAUUUACAGUUACUGGUUUUUAACACAGGUGUUACAGAUUCAAAUAUAUUUGAUCUUGAAAUGAAACUCAAACAAGAUGGAGAGGAUCUGAUCAGACUUAUCAAUAAGGUUUGCCAAGUUUCCAAUAUUCGCUUCAGUAUUAUUUUGUCAUAUUGGGACUCGAAAGAAACACCAUUAGAUGAUGAUGUUAUAUCCAAAUUUUUGCAGCUUAAUCGCAUUCAUAAAAAUUUCAAAAACAUCAUAGAGCAAAUUGUUAUUAUACAUAUUAAUGAUCAAUCUCCUCAUAAAAUCCUAGAAAAAGGUUUACUCUAUUGUUCAGAAAAGUUUAAAUACAGAUUAACGGAGAGAGGAAAGUACAUCCAUGCUUUAGACCAAAGACGUUCUCUUGCUGGUAUUCAGACAAAGUCGUUACAGAAAUCAACAUCAGUGGAGCAAAAAAUGAAAGAAAUGUUAGAAUUAGAAAAUAAAAAACAAAAGAUGACGAAAAGACAAAGAGAGAAGUAUUCUAAUUUGCAGUCACAUAUUAUAGCGUCCCCCAGGAAUUGUAAAGGAAAGUUACCAAUUCUACUUUCUGAAUCGAGAAGAGCGAGCUUUAAGACGCCUGUCGGACCAAAUACUUCAUUAUUCUCACCACCAGUCCCCUCACAUCUAGCAGUCAAAGUUCGCAAACGUUUUGGCACAUCUUUACCUCCGGAGACACCUAGUUACAGUACAAACUACCCAAAUUCAGUAAUUCAUCAAAAAACUCCUGUGACAAGAAUUAUCGGAACCUCUGAUGAACAAAACAAUGCAACCAUAGGCCAUAUGCUUCAAUCUUCUCGUUUAUUUGAAACUCCAAUAAAUUCUACAGCUGCCUCCCAUUCUGGCCAGAAUACACCGAAGGACAUUCCCAACAACGUACAAGAAUUGAAAUAUUUGAUUGAAUCUGUGAAAAAGAAGGUGAACGAACAAUAG